UCUCUCUCUCCCUCCCUCUCUCUGUGUAGCUCUCUCCCUACCCCUCUCUCUUUUUAUCCUCUCGUUGUGGCAGUGGUGUACACCUUCCUGUCGUGGUGCCGGUCAGAGGGAGUGAGCUGGAGAGGAGGAGAGACAGGGGAUAGCAGACAGCCAGCAGCCGGCCUGGCGGUAAUCCCUCGCAUUCCUCCACCAUGCCUGGUCCGGGGCAGGGCCCGGGGACUGAUGCUGUGAACCCAUCCGAUACCACUCCAUUUAACUCUGCAUCUCAAAGUUUGCCUGUCCAUGACGCAGCGUGGAGGUAGGCUACUAGGACGCAUAAGCAGCGGCCGGCGCGUCAGAAUGCCUUGAGCUCUAAACAGGGAGUUUAUUCCUUUCUUUUCGUGGCUGCAUGUAUACAAUUGACCGAGCUAAAUGCUGAGAUUAUUACAAUAGAGAAUGAAAAGCAACAUGGGAGACCUGAAGUUUGGGUUUGAGGAAAUGCAGGGAGUGAGCCUGGGAUACCUGCUGAUAAAAGGAAAACAAAUGUUUGCCCUCUCCCAGGUCUUCACCGACCUGCUGAAAAAUAUUCCCCGAACUACCGUGCACAAACGCAUGGAUCACCUGAACGUAAAAAAACACCACUGUGAUUUGGAGGAGCUGAGAAAGCUCAAAGCAAUAAAUUCUAUUGCUUUCCACGCGGCUAAAUGUACUCUGAUAUCACGGGAGGACGUGGAGGCGCUUUAUUUCUCCUGCAAAACCGAGCGCGUGUUAAAAUCCAACAAAAGAAAAGCAAAGAAGGUCAGUUUACCGGAGGGUGUGGGGGAAGGCAAGCUCCACGCAGACACGCACCCUGCCGGGUUAUGGAGGGAGAAAGUUUGGUUAAGUUUGCACAGCGUUCCACAGACUCUGUCCCUCAAAAACAAAGCCGGCAAGAGAGAACAACCAACCUCCCGCCCCGACUCCAAUCUACCUCAAAUUUACAAUAAAUCCCUCGGUCAGGAUUACUCCUCUGUCACCAAAUCAUCAUGUAAACCCUUUAAAAACUAUGAAACCACUGAAAUACCGGGCAAUUGCGUCGCGUUUAGCCAGGGACAUUCGUUUUUCCGGAGUGUGGUGAGCAGGCAGCCGGUGUUGUUUCAGUCCGCCAUUGCUGCUCAGUCCAGGCUCUCUGCAGCCGGCGACCUACUUCACAAAAGGAAGAGGAGGCGCGAGGGGGGCGGCGGCAGGGAUAGGGGCAGCAGCGGCGCGAGGCAGUCAUGGAGCAGGAGCAGACACACACACUCACACACGUAUUCUCACAUACACCACCCGGUGCUCCUCGUGCAGCCCAACAAGUGCUGCAGAAAGCCCAAAACACACUACAACCACAGCGGUACAACUCUGAGCCAUUUUCACAUUGGACACGAGUUUUACCUCGACCACCGAGCUCACCAUCAUCGUCACCCGCAUCAACAUGUGGGGGGUUUCCCGGAGAGCUACAGCAGUGACACAGAGUCCAGUUGUUACUCAGAGCGGCUCAACAACGACUCCGACUUCGGAUCCAGUUUAUCCACCAGCAGCAACUCUGGGACCUCUGAUGAGGAGGAUGAAGAGGAGAGCCCGUUGGAGAGCUCUGAGGUCAGUUCUGAAGAGGAGAGUUCAUCUCAGUCUGACAGCAGCUCUGUGUCCAGCCAAGUGUCUGUUCAGUCUAUCCGCUUCAGGAGGGCCCGGUUCCCCUCUCUCAACACCACCAAAAAUAUCACCACUAGAACUCUGCCUAAUGCUCAAUCUCUCUCCACUACUCUCUCCAGCACUAGAACUCAGUCGAACUCUAGAACUCUAUCCAACAGUAGAACUCUCUCCCACACUAAAGCACCUUUUCUCCUGCAGCCUACCUUCCACUACAGCCAUCAGCAGCAGCCAUCUAGACCGGUGGGCCAGUUUGGAACCAGCCAGGUGGACUAUGCCAGUCCGAGGAAACAACAGAAAUAUGACUUUACAGCCAGGGAGGCCAAGCAGGAUGCACAGGCACCCAGGUUCAGCUCGCCUUUCAACCGGGGGAGUUAUUUCACUAAGAGGAGAGACAGGAAGGUUCCUGAGACCCAGGUCCUGUCCCAACGAGGGAUAAAGACAACCGAACCUGUGUCCAGAACAGUUUAUGCACUGAGCUGCUCACCUAAUCCCAACGGGAUCAAAGCGGUUCCUCCACACAGGACACCGGGACACGCAAAGAAAUGCCUCCCAGUCCUGAGCUCACACUGCGCCCAUGACAAAGACACAAAGUACCCCAAGCCUACAAACAACAAGGUUUCAUUAGCGACAAAUCUAAAAAGAGAGGUGAGAAUCAGCCCCAACCUGAAACUGCCCUUUCUGCUCAAAACCAUUAAGACCGAGCCGCAGGAGCUAUCAGUGGCCGCGGGUCCCCUCCCUGAGCGCCGCAGGGCGGUCAAGACUCCCCCCUUCAACCUUCAGAAUGUGAAAAUCAAAGUGGAGGAGAGCUAUGAUGAAUACGAACACUACAGCCAGGCCUCCGGGUUCCAAUGCAAAGGAGAUGAGGCGGAUAUCAACAAUGGCCAAUACCCCGGCGGCAACAUCAAACAAGCUACUGGCUGUUUCAACAACGAGACCAAAGCCAUUGAAAGUUCUGCUGGGGCUCCCAAGUCCUCCUCCGGCUUGCAGGAAUGCGGGAGCACUCAAGACACCCCUUGUCCUGAGGAGGGGGAGUAUAAAAACGGAGCUGGGUUCAGGAAAAACGACAGGAGUCUGGUGCUGGGGAAGAAGCCUGGAAUUUCGAGGGUGCAGCCGAAACAGAACGUGUCUAAAGUUGACAGGACAUUAUCUUCUCGUCCCGCGGGCAAAGCCGAGAUUUGUGAGGGAAAUACUGAGGUCCUAACAGGGGCGAGUAAACGAAAACGCCCGUUCAGUAAUGUAGCAGCCCCUCUGAAGAGGCCUUUCAGCUUCAUGGCGAAUUUCCCCGCUCCUCCAUCCCUGGUAGUGGGCAGAGACGGGGAUUUAAGCCCUGCUUACUCUCUGAACUCUCUGGGGGGACCCCGGCCUCCUCCUCGCUCUCACCCCGUGUGGCGGUGGCAGCCUGGCGGUCUGCCUGUCCCUCCCCCACCCGCUCAGAGAAUCAGGAAAUGUUCACGUUUUUUUAUUUGACAAAAACAAAAGAAAUAAAAAACACCUGGAUGGAAACCUACCUUGACUACAACUUAAGUCUUAAACUGAACGGGAGGCUCUAAUGGCUUGCGUCCUUCAGUUGUUUUUAUUUUUAUUUUAUCCUUUAUAUUAUGUAGUGGAUUUACAACGUUCCUCGUUGUGGAGUUAUAGAUCAGUUAUACACUGCUAUUCUCCAUAUCGCGCGGACCAUAUUUGAGACUCUCUACCAAUGCCAUUGGGCGAUCCCUCCUCAUGGAUUUAUUCUGACGAACUAACUCUAAAUAAGCUAUCUAUCAUAAGCAAUAGGCUACACGGUUUGGCAAAAUGUGUUUACAUGACUUCCUCUCGGAUCUAUUUUCUCUUCGCCCUGACGCUGAGCGGUUGGAUUGUCCCAGGGUUUCAGUGAAGUAAACAUUUAGUUGUGCUGUAGGCCUACUCCCUUUGUGGUGAGAGAAAGAGAGGGGGAGACUCCCUCCCAUAAAAAUCACAGCACUCCUAUAUGUUGGUCUUCUUUACUGUAUUUUUCUGACAUCAGCUUUAAUUUGGGUAAAAUUGGGUUUAAUCAACAGAUUCAGGGUUUUCCGUUGGUAACAUGGUUAGGGCUACUACUAUUGUCUGUCACCUUAGCCCUAUUAUGAGCUGUGGUUGUUUUUUCCCCUAUAGGAUUUCUAAAACCUUACAGAAACCCUAAUUUUAUGCUUGCCAGAGUUUGGGUAAAUGUUAUCUAAUUCAGAUAACUAUUUUUGAAUUCGAUUUAAAAUGUCAAUUAAUUUAUCCAAGCAAGUCCAAAUUCAUAAUGUUCUUUGGACAGGCUAUAUUGAAUAAGGCAGAAUUGUGAGGGAAUUGACCCUUACUCUGGUCUGGCUGGUGCUUGCAGUUUUUCAGAGUGUUUGUGAUCUGGUUUCCAGCGUUGUUUGUAUUUAUGAGAGUAUUUCCUGGUAAGCUUAUGUUUGGCUGUAGUCAGACAGCCACCAGCGCCCAUAUAGGCUCCAAAACACUGCAGGCCUUAUGUACAGACAAUCACACAGAGAGAGACGGCAUUUUGGUGGGACAUGUUCCUUUAUAUUACACGUUUAUUUGUCAAUUAAAACAUGCCGGAAAAAAAUGAGAAAAACAGUGAAAAUUACACUCCUGUCCAAGACACUGUCGUAAUACCAGUUUGGGGUUUGCGUCACACUAAAACAAAAACCCAAACACACCAAAACGAUGUCAUACAACACACCGAGCCUAAUAUAAUUUAAUUUAGAAACAACACAUGGAAGCACAAGUAGUAGGCUUACAUGCUUUUCACUUUGACACACUCUAGGGUCCCAUUUCCGCUUGACGAUUGUAGGAUAGCCUACAUUAUGAGAGAAGUAAAAAUAAUAUACAUGUAAGAUAAGGUAGGCUGCUAGCUUAUGUCCACUUAAAUAUUUCACCUAAAAUGUAUAAAUGUAUAAUUGGUUAUUUGUGGCCAUCCACAGCCUACACAUGAGGUUGGAUUAUUUUCUAUUUGGGUCAACAUGGUACUAGAGCAGUUUAUCAGUUGUUUAUUGUACCCUUGUAUCUGCAAGAAUAAAUAAAAUGCCCAGCACAGCACGUUGCUGUGGAAUAGUUAGCUAUUAGCCCAGUGGGUAAAUGCAUAAUUACCAGUUAAAUUCUGCUGUGAAGCCCGCGGUGCUGAAUUGACCUGGGAAAAUCUCCAGCCAUACAAAAUUAUUAAAAUAGAGUAUACAUAUUAUUACAAUACAUACAUACAUACCUGCAGUCAGUCGAAAAUGUAGGCCCAAACACAAAGCUGGUUGUGUCCCUUUGUUAUGAUAGCAUUGCACUCUGUUUUACACAAAAGUCCAUGGCCUUCUCCAUGUCCCCACUUCAACUGAUAUAGUCUAUAGGCUGUUUUCUCACAUGAAUCAAGUCAGAAUAAUAUUGUCUAAUUUUGCCACAUAAACAUGUAUAAAUCUAGCCUUUAAAAAUGGACGCGCGAUGAAUGUAGGCCUAUAUGUCAAACUUUUUUCAUUGACCCUUAUUUUAAACAUCCUGAUGUUGCUAAUUAAUACACUCAGAAUAGACCAAAAAAUAAGAAGAAAAUUCUGUCACAUUUAACUGAAGUUGCACCUAAAAAAAUGUUGAUUUGGUGAAGUUGUGGCUAAGAGUUCGUUUUUCUCCCUGUGACAAUGAGAGGCCGAGCCAGCCUGACAGAUAACCACAAACAACAUGCCUGAUGAUGUCAGGAUUCUCACAUCAACAUCAGCAACAAAGACAUUCGAUUGGUGAUUGUAGUUAAGAGGGAAAAACGCGCCGUUUCACCCAAUGCUCAGAGUUUGAAUAGAUUGAUCUGUGUGUGACAUGCACCUCUACCACCCCAAGCCUGUAGGCUUCCCAUACCAUAGUGCGCACUUCCCUUGUAGCGAAGGUAGAGAAGCAUUUAACAAUGGCAAAUUUGCCUCCAAACUAAACACAGCCAUUUUAUUCUCCAUUUGAAAAUGACGUAAUCUCUCUCCAACCUAGAGGGAGUUAGGGGGAGGGGAGGGAGGGGGAUCAUAUGUUGCACGAGGGAAGCUUCCACCACGUAAUCCCGUGUCAAAGUGUACUGGGCCAGAGAAGGGAUAUACAGCGCAGCGUUCAGAGAGGGUACACACACACGUCCCUUUGUAGGUACUCGCCAAUUCUCACGCCGAUCACAGAGAACAUCACCCGGGCAAGGAGAUGGUGGUAGAGGCGUUUAGGGAAGACUAAAAGAGCUCUGACAGUGACGCUAUCAAUGUAAACAAUUGCAUGGUGUCGCAGCUCGAGGCACAGGGCUCUUUCUCCCUCUUUCUCGUUCUCCCUCUCGCUUUUCCUCUCAGCUCCAAUCCUUAUCUUAGCUUUUUGAUACAAUACUUGAUUGAGGUCAGGGUUUUGACAUGAAAUUUGAAGUCACUGGUUGUUUAUAUAAAAAACGGAAUAUUUAUUUUUGUGAAUUACUGGGUUUUUGUAUAUCAUUGUUGUUUAGGAUAAAGCACUCGAAAUGAAAAACUUGAAUGUUGGAUUUCUGAAGCACUUUCCCUUUCUUCCGAGUUAUGAAUUACUCAUUAAAGACAUCUGAGUGUGA